AUGGUGUCGGACCCAGGUGGCCCCGGAGGCGAGGUGACUAUCCCCCCACCCUGCCCCUGCGUCGCGGCGCGUCGCACUGCUGCUCCCGCCCCAGUCGGGGCCGAAGAUGGGGCGGCGGCUGCGGGUUUCCACACGACUUCCUUGGAUCUCGGGGCACACGCGCCGAUAGUUCGGACGCGGGUCCGGGCUGGUUUUGCUCCAUUUUACAGCGUUUUAUUACUAAUUAAAAAGCUUUGCAUUCCCAGUCGCCCCGGCCCGCUUUUCUCCUGCACUCUCCCCUCGGCCCCCGUCCCCGCCCCGCGGGGCGCUGGAGGGGGCGUCGGGGCUCGCGCGCCAGAACCCGGCUCCUCCGAAGCCCCUCCGGGCCCCGCCGCCCCCCUCGGGCCUCCCGGCCCCCGCCUCCUCCCCUUCGCCCCCACCCAACGGCUGCUGCUUCGGGCUUCGCGGCUCAAAAACAACAGCGGAGGCGCCGCCAGCUCUGCGCUCCGCCACUGCCCAGGCCGGCGGGCGGCACUCGGACCCGCCGCCCUCGGUCCCUCGCGAGGCCGCGGAGGCCAACACGCCUCGCAAGGGGGGACAGCGCGGGGGCGGCCGUCCAAACACCAGGCGUCCUCGGCUGGUUGUCCCAGGGCGCCCGCACCUCUCCGCCCGCGCGCUCCUGCCGCCGCGCCCCCCAGCCCCCAAACUCCGAGGCGCUGCGGCGGAGGGGCCGGGCUAAGCGCAGGCAGGGUGGCCCCGGCCCAGGAACCUGACGGUCCAAGUGCGGAUUUCUCAUCUGAGUAUCUGGGAAUCGAGAAUGAAUUGGAAGGAAACCGAGGCGCUGCCCUGGCCGGGUUGCUCCCCCGCACCCUUCCGGAGCACCGAGGUCCUGCCCGGGAACGGAACUUGGAGCUGCCGCAGAGUCAGCCUGAGCUCGAGGCAGGGGUCGCGCCCGCGAUGUGGGGUCUCUCCGCCGCCCCGCGAGGCUCCUGGCCGUGCCCUCCCUGCCCUUUGUUGUGUAAUGAGACCUGUGGCGGCUCCACUGAGACCCACACGUGGAACUCCGCGCCUCCGCGUUAAAGGAGGUGAAACGCAGCAGCCCUGAGAAAUCCGAGACCCCGGUGUCCUAGCAGAGGCGCCCCGGAUGGGGAAGGGCGUGCGGCCGGCGCUACCCCAGAGGAAAAGCCCAGCGGAGCGGGGCUGGGCAGGAGCCGGUGGCGGCGGUGCGCUGGGCCUUCUGCCUUGGAUCCUCCGCAGUCGGCACCACUUCCCUGCUCAGAUUCGAACCCAGAUACGGCUCCCAUGGCUCCAGGGUGCCCAGUCUUGCAGCCAGCUCGCCGCCCGAACCCUGGAUGGAAGAAGCGCUCACUGGCCGCUACCUCUGCUGUUUCUGGCACCAGAUGGGCAGCUUCCGGGGACCGGCUUGCCAUCAGCAGGCACGAUGCUGUGGCCAUCCCAGUGGAACCCCUCUGCCCGGCUUUGUGUCCUGGCAUCCCCACCAGAGUGCCCCGCUGUCCUGCGCAGAUGUCAGGAGUAUCUGGAUGCCCCAUGGGCACUUCAACGGCCCAAUUCGGAGUUUUUUGUUUUGUUUUGUUUUAAGAGAUUGAGACUGUGAACCUGAACUCCCUUGAUCUCCUCCCGUUGGGCCCAGGAGGGAGCCUAAUCCAGGCCCAACCGGGCUCACUGAGAAGGUGCGGGAAGCCCCCAACGACUCCUACUCGUGUGCGGCCCUUACUGGGCCGGGACGCUGCAGUGGUCGAGCCGCUGGGUGUCUGCAACCGGGAGCUCCCCCGCCGCUGGGGGCAAUAAACGGAAUCGGUUUCCCACGCUUUCCCUCUUGAUCUCAGAACCUUUAAAAAUCCGCCAACGAAUGUCGUUGCCUGGAUGCGCUGCGUGUGACCUUCAGCCGUGUGUUCACGCGUACCCGCAGCCGUGGAGUGGCGGUCCCUUCCUGCCGCCGCAACCCCGGGGCCGCCGGUCCGCGCACACCGGCAGCAACUUCGUUACCCACAGCGCCCGCGUCCUGCGGCUCGCGCGGAACUGCGCGCGGGAAGGUGGCAGAGGGACCGCUCCAGAACGCUGCUCGCGUAGACGCUGCCUCUGUCUUCAGAUCGCAGUUCGGCCGCGCGCGGGCGGGGCCCUGGCAGCAACGAAAAUGGCGAGUCUCGUAGCCUUCCGGGCCUGAUGGCCGCAUUCCGGGAGUCGCCAGGUGGGAGUCCGCCUUCCGCGUCCCCAAACGCCCAGAGCGCGGGACAAGGGCCGGCGGCCGGGUGACCAAGCCGGUUCCCCGCAUAGGCUUGCGCCAGAAUCCAUAUUCAGCUUGCAAGGCCCCCUCCGGCCGUCUCUCCGCAGAGCGCCCUGCCCCACACUGCCGGCCCUCUUAGCUUGAAAACCAAAUUUUGCCUUUGAUCCUGAGAGAUUGAUACCCCACAGGUGAAACCGUGGAGACGGAGCUGCGGUGGGUUUCUUCUCUACGCCUCAGUUUCCCCGUCUGUGAAAUGGGACCCGGCGCGCCUGUGCUCCUCCGGGAGUUUAUUGCAGGGCUGGCUGGAGAGAAUGGCUGGGUGGAAGCCGCCAGGUGGAGGCCCAUGGUCGCCCACCCCGUGGGCCUCAUUUGCUGGGCGGGGGUCAAAGGCUUGCGAGGCAGGGAUCGCCCCAAGGAGGCUCUGGAGCCGGCCCUGCCAGUCCCUGUCUCCUCCCCUCGCUCCCCUUCCCCCGGCCUUCCCGGAACUCUCUUCGCCCGCUGGGUGGAGGAGGGGCGAGGGCCGGCUCCGCCGUCCCCGGGGUCGCUCUCCUCCCACCCCCACCGCAGAAUCUGGCCCGCCCUGGGCUUUCCUCUCAGGUCCCUUUGGGUCUCCAGAAACCCGGAGGUUUCGCGCAGACUCGAGCCUGAGAUGGCAUCAUCCAGCACCCCAAAUCCUGCGGAGGGCAGAGGGGAUUUGGGGGAGAAGGCAGGGGCUGCCAGGGGCGCUUUGGCUGCUGGGGGUGGGGGACAGGGCCUGCGGGAGAAGCGGGUGGGGGAGGACUGGAGACCCAGGCCCCCCUAGAUACAACGAACCUCGCGGGAGGGAAUAGGCCAUCCCCGUACCCACUUCCAAGGACAUAGGUCUUUUAGUACCGGCGGGCCGCGUUCCCACACAUCUGGGCGGGCCCCGCAGCAUGGCCUGGGGAGCUGAGCUUCUGGAUCUGACACAAACUACCUUUCUGGGUGUAGAAGGAGGAGGUGGGGUGGGGGAAGCAGGGGCCGUGGUCUGAGCAUACCUUCUCGCCUCUGGGCCUCCCACCUCCUGGGGCAGGACCUACGGGGAAGGACGGGAGCGGAGUGCGGUGGCCGGAGGGACACCCAAGGGUCUACCCCUGCGAGCUUUGCUUUCUACUAAACCAGUAACUGUAGUGGUGGUGGCGGUCGAGACACAGCUCAAAGAGCCGGCAAGAAUAGAGCAGACACCAGGAUCGCCCCAGGCAGGGAAAAAAUGACCAGUUCUGUAGAGUGACCCGAAGGUGAUGGAAUCACUCGGGCGUCCUCCUGGGAAAGGGCUGCCUGCCCCCGCCGCCAGAACGCUGCCGGCGUCCAUGCCCCCGGGGCUGGAAGAGCAGCCAGGCACAGGUAACUCAGGAACUCUGGUCUCCUCACCCGGCGCUGCGCUGUGGGGCGCCCUCACCCCCACACUUUGUGUCCCUGGGCCUCCUCAUCAAGGCAGGGGCCCUGAGUGGCAGGGACACCCCUGUGUGCACAAUAUGCCCCCUGCAGCCCCCACAGGUCACCUGUUUGAGGACCUAGGUGGGGCCUGCCCUGGGUGAAGAGGGCAGGUCCAGCCUUCAGCAGCCCCUCCCCCAUGACUUCAGUGGAAUUACAAGGGGAACACCCAGGGCAGCUCCCAUAGGCUGCAGAAGGGAAGAGGGGAGGGCUUCUACUGAGGUGAGACAGAGUGAUUCACCCCUCCCACACCAUCAGCCUCCCUCCCCUCUCCACCCUUCAUUGCUGGGACCCCAGGGCCCAUAGACAGCUGGGGGAGCGGGGAGACAGGAGGAACUCAAGCUCAGCUUCUGCCUCCUGUCUCCUGGGACCCUUGAGCAGCCCCUCCAGCUUCCUGGGAGUCCAAUUCCCCAAGGUACAACAAGUGGCGGCAGAGCCUGGCCCCGUCGUGGGGCGGCUGCACCCAGGUGAGUGGCUUGCAGUUCCUGGAGCCCUGCAGGUUGUUGGAGAGUCAGGGAGCCUUUCUUCCUCCCACCUGCCCUCUUGCACUUCCUCUCCCACAACCCAGGGCUACUCCCAGAGGCUCUGAACUGGAGCCCUAGAAGGUAACCACCUCCUGGCUGGACACAGAGAGGGCAAGUUGGGGCCAGGAGUGAGGAUAGGUGCCCUAAGAGCCACCUGCUCCACUCAUCCACGAAGGCCUUAACUGGCUCAGGGGCCCCUGAGCUCUCAGUCAAGCCCCGCCCUCCUGACCUUGUCCUGCCGUGGUGCUGCCAGUCGGGUGGAGGUGUCUCAGGGCCAGCUGGUCUCCUGGCAACUGAAGCCCACACUUCCCUUCCAUUCACUCAUUCCUUCCUUCCCUCACGCAGGAGGCGCUGCAAGGCUCAGUGCUCCUGGAGCUUCGAGUCUAUGAUAUGAGUUAGGGUGUCUCCUCCAUCAGUUCUACAGGAGGGUGUCUCCUUCUUCAGACCUGGAACUUCCAAGGCAUUUUACCCAAAGCUCCAGCACCUGACCCAAGGCUGGGCUGUGCUCUGUCCUCAGUGAAAGAAUGGAUGAGUCAUAACUGAGUGAUUGGAGAGAGCUGAACGAGUAGGUUUCCCUGGGUUUUCCACAGGCGGUUUCAGCCCAGGGGAAGACCCAGGGAGAUGAGGAUGUCAUGGUGUGGAGGCAGCAGCCUGGGGCAGGGACUGUGCUGAGUGCCUGAGGCCGAGACACCCCUCUGUAACCUCCAUAAUCCAUCAGGUCUCAGAGGGCUGUCCUAUGUUCAGUUAGCUAAUGCCAGCACCAUAUGACGAGGACACAGCAGUGAGGAGCUGCCCAGGUCGCUUGCACUGUGUUUGGAAAAGGAAGCUGGCUUGUUCUGGGGUCCCCAGCAGGAUGGGGAGCAGGGGUGGGGACCCUGGCAGAGCGAGAGUUCUAGGAGAGAAGCUGGUCCACCCACAGGCUCCCUGGCCUGAGUGCCGCGCCAGGCAGGGUGCUAGGCGUUGUGCUGCUCGCUUCCCACCCCUGGGCUGCAACUGUGGGCUGUGUGGCCUUCCCAGUUCUGUGAGGUGGCUGCUGUGAUUGUGCCCACCUUACAGAUGGGAAGACUGAUGCUCAGAGACUUGAGCAACCUAGGCAAGGACCUGUCCUUAGAGGCAGAAGCAGUACUCAGAGGAAGAGCUCCCUGACCACAAAGCCCCAGAUGACUUACACUGCAGGGAUAGAGCUCUCCGGGGUGUGCAGGGUGGCAGAGGUGCCUCUGAGAAGAGAUCUCUGCCUGGGACCCUUUCCUGGGGCUCUUAUGGUGCUGGGAGUGUGAGCACCACAAGAGCCCCACUACAGCGAUGCCACCCAGAGGGCGCUCUGGCCUAUUGGUCACCCGUGUCCUUCUGACAAUGACCAAUACACUUAUUUGCCAGGGUCCAGGAAGACUCAGGCACUGGAGUCUGUAUUUCCUGAGUCCGCCUCUCACUGGUAAGUCCUGAGCCCCCUUCCUUCCCAGCACCCACUCUUGGAGCAGCUCUCCAGGGCUGUGCUGUGGCUGCUGCUGUCAGGGAGAGGGCCCCAUGCUCCAGCCAGGGGCUUUAGGGGCUCAGUUUAGGACUAACACGCCAAGCAAGUCGUGCUGAGUGUCUGGGCUUCUUCUAGGAAGGUAUUUCCAAUCAUCAAAUGUGCCACUAAAAAAAAUGCGUGUCAGUUAAGUGUGCACUAAGCCUGGACCACAUGGGACAUAGUUGUUCUAAUAAACACGAAUAAGCCAGUUUUCACAUUAGAGAAAUAACAGUUUCUUGUAGAAAUGUGGUGCUUUUAAAAGAGGUUAAUUAAUAAACAGCAGGUAAUUGUUCAUGGCACAUUGUGGCAGAGGGUAAUUUUCAUUUUAGAGGAUGGAAGGGCCAAAUAUCCCUCCCCACUCAGCAUUUUUCUCUAAUAAUCACCUCAGCUUCACCUCCGCCUUUCAUUUUUACAGCUGGAGCUGUUUAUCAUCGCUCCAACUUUCACUAAAAAGGAAAAACUAUCACUUAAACAAAGCCAUUGAAAACCCAGCAUCAUAUGUGGAUUUUUUAACAUAAAUAAAUCAUACAAACUAA